GGGUCAGCAUGAGAUACAUCCUCUCUGUUUCCCACUACCAAUCUGUCUAUUGCCCUAUAAGAACAGCCGCGCUUCCACCUGAUUUCCUCCCCUUUCCCUUCUCUUACCUCUCUCUUCUUCUCUUCUUUGAUGAUCUAUUGACAGAAAGAAAGAUGAACGUCUCCGUGGAUUAUUGCUGCUCUAGUCUUGUCCUGCUCCGCUUCCUGAAGGAGGCCGCCCUCUUAUUAUCUCUUGUAUUGAAAUGGUUCCUCGUCCCCUUCUACGCCUCCUGGCGGCCUAAUUCUUCUUCUUCCUCUCCCGACGAGGACGCCAAAGGAGCCGAGGCAAAGGCGCAGCACCGCGCCGCCGCCCGGGCGGUGCGGUCGGCCCUCCACGUCGCCUCCUACGGUGAGCUGGCUGCGGAGCAGGAAGCGAUUGCCACGUGCGCCGUGUGCCUAUGCGGAGUGGGGCUCGGGGACCGCGUGCGCGAGCUGCGCAGCUGCCGGCACGUGUUCCACCAGCGGUGCCUCGACCGGUGGCUCGACCACGACGAGCGCCUCAGCUGCCCGCUCUGCCGCGCGCCGCUCGUCGACCGGAGAGGGGUGGCGAUUCCGCCGCCGCCGGAGCCAAGCUGGGCCGUGGAGCGGCUGCUCUACCUCUUCGGGGAUGACGUCCUUAUCGCUGAUCCUACACACUCAUAGCUACGCCUGAGCUUGUUUAGCUGUGGCUAGAAAUAGAAUAUGUAGAUAUGAUAUUUGUAUUAGAUCUUCUUAUUGAAUAUCCAGAUUUUAUAGCGGUAAA